UCAGUUCUCUGGGUACAGAUUUUGCCCCGAUUGCUCAUCUGCCAGCUCGUUCAUAUUCCGCCAUCCAAUCUCUUCCAUCCGUCAAUCAAGCUCCUCAAUCAACCCAACUCCAACCAUUGCUUUCAACCAUUGUCUUCAACCAUUGCGAUGCUCAAGCUUUUGCUCCUCCUGAUCGGCGCCACUGCCGCCGUUGGUUUCCCAGAUGCGAGGAGACUGAAGGCAGUCGACAUCACCUCUACUGCUGUCUCAUUCACUUGGGAGUCUUCUACCAUCUCCCAGUCAACUUCGACCGACUUGACUUCCUCUUCCAUUUCCCAGUCAAACUCGACCGACUUGACUUCCUCUCAAGCUGUUCCCACCAGCACAACUGUCCGUCUCUCUGCUUCCGCCAAUCCGACUGCCAGUCAGUACGUCCCCACGCAUCCGACCUCCACCCAGACCGCUCCGGGGGAGGUUGACCCCGGCAGACUUUGGGUUUUGUACCGCAGAACCUUCAUGUCGGGAGAUCCCGGCUGGACAUACCUGUGCUACUACGACAUCUUCGAGUCCCAUGUGAGCGUGAAGUAUUUCAACCCUUGCCAUCCGUACAACGCAACAUUGCAUCUUGGUACCGGCUCGGAAUGCGACCCUGGAUACCAGAUGCCUAUCCCACAAUUUGAUAUCGGAUUCAACCCUUUCGGCGUGAAUACAAAUUGUUCCUACCAUCCAGACGUCAACCAGGUUGUUUGUGAUCAGGGCCAUUACCCCUGCGCCGUCUUCAGCCACGACAACUGGGUACACUGCAUAGAGGACACCGACAGUCCAAAUUAUAACGCCUAUUUCAGGAUCCAGUGUGAUUACUUCCCGGUCAUGACGUAGUGAUUGCGGACGGAUGGCUAUGGAUGGUAGAAGGAGGUCUUGUUGAAACUGCAAGCUUGUGUAUGAUAUAAGGCCACAAGGUGGAUUUUGGAGCAAAACUCGACAUCUGAGCUCAUGAAAUGAAAUGAAAUUUGCCUUA